AAUGGAAGAAUUUCCUAAUCUCGCAAAAGGAAGCCCUACAUUUGGAAGUAGCCGAGCUGCAGUGGAGGAAACAUGGGACAAAUUGGCACAGAGAAUAAAUGCUUACGGACCCCCGGAAAGAAAUGGAUCCGAGUGGAAAAAAAUAUGGCAAGAUUUAAAAUGCAGGUUGAAAAAGAAAAUUGCAGACAACAACAAAGGCUUUAAAGGAACUGGUGGGGGCCCAUGUUCUUUAAAUAAUUUAACGGCUUUGGAAUUAGAUAUCGAUAAGAUAUGCCACCUCACAUCAGCUGCCGCACCUGGUGGACUUUGUUUCGGAGUGCCUUCGUCAAAUAAAGUACUUGAUAUAUCGACUAACCAACGGGAAAUAACAACAUCAAACACAUCCAAAAGACAAAUUUUAUGCACACAGAACAAUAACAUAGAAUGUUAUCCCUUGCCCUCUAUACAAACCCCAAAUGUCACAGAUAUACUAACUCUAUCACCCCCCAAACAACCAUUAAAAUCUCCGAUCCUUACGCCACAAUCACUUAAAACUAAAUAUUUAUCAAUGCGAACAGAAAACAACAAAAUCGAUAACACAGAACCUCUACCCUCAUUUCAAACACAUAAAAAAAGAAAGAAAGGCGAAAACUAUGCAGAAAAAGUUCAUCUUUUACGUCAACAGGUGGAAAUACAAAAUAAAACACUUUUUAUUUUGGAUAAAUAAGCAGAAGCUGCUAAAAGUAAUAGUGAAGCAUCAAAGAUUCAAGCCGAUGCUGCAAAAGCUCAGGCUGAUGCUAUGAAAACUCAGGCCGAAGCUCUUAGAGAAAUUGCCGAUGCUUCAAAAGUUAUAGCUAACGCUUUGGUGGAUAUCAUUAAACACUUAAAAUAUGAAGAAGAAUGAAGCAAACAUAUUUUUUUGAUUUCGCAUUUACAAAAUGCAUUUUUAUUAUUAUAUAAUUAGUUAAAUUAAAAAAAUAUUAAUUUUAUAACAAAUUCCUCGAAAUUUCAUUUCUCAUAGAAGUUGCCACUGUUGAGUCUUCAGAAAAUGUUUCAAAAGAAAAAAAAUUAUAUUCAUCAUCAUCUAUGUUGUCGUUCUCAGGAAUUUGCCAGUUAUUUUUAUAAAAAAUACAAAUGUUAUGCAAAGUGCAACAUGCGUUUAUUAUUUUUGUAGUUUUUUCUGGACUAUAAUGUAGUCCCCUUGAACCAA